CCUCGACCCGGACGGCCCAGGAGGGGCGCGGGCAGCCUGUGUUGCGGGGCUGAGGGCACGAGAUGGCGGCGGAACACCCUCCCACCUCCUCAGGCACCUGGGCGUGUGACCGGGGAGGGGAGCCGUGGGGGUUGACCGGGGAGGCCCGGCCCGGGUAGGGAGGGUCCAGCCGGCCCUCAGCCCCAGUGGGCUGUGAGGGUCUUGGGACCGUGAGCUCCGUCCCGGCCGGGAGCGAGCCCCGGGCAGGAUGCUGUCUCUAGCAGGAAUUAUAGCCCAUGGGAUUAUAUGGCAAAUGAUCUUGCCAAGGAAAGAGACUUACAAAUGACGGCUUCCUUCCAGCGCUCCAAUAGUCAUGACAAAGUGAGGAGAAUUGUUGCUGAGGAGGGUCGUAAUCACGAAACCGGACCGCUUGGAGUGUUCCACUAGAAGGCAAAGAUGAUGAUGAGUACUGCAGUAGACUGUAAAAUAACAUCCACGACCGGAGAGAAACAUUUUGAUGAGAGUCCCACAAAAGCAAGGCACCCCCGGAAAAUUGACCUAAGAGCUCGCUACUGGGCAUUUCUUUUUGACAACCUUCGCCGGGCAGUGGAUGAAAUCUAUGUGACUUGUGAAUUGGAUCAGAGUGUGGUGGAAUGUAAGAGGACAGACAGUUGACAGCCCCACAAGAAGAGUCGGCAAGGUCAUCAAAGGUGGAGCCAAAGAGGAAGCCAUAUGAUACUGAUGAUCCUGACGAAACUGACUCUGAGAAAAAGACGAGCAGCAAGAAGAGAAGUUUUCUUGGUUGUAGUACUGUGAGGUCCAUGAUGCGAAAGCUGGGCCUUGGGCACAGCAAGUCCUUCAGUGUCAGACCUGAAACAGCAAAUGGGCAUGUGAAGGAAAAGGCAUGCGGCACCAGUGACGAUUUGAGUGAGGAGCAUCCUCAGGCCUCAGAAGAAGGGUCAAAGUCAUCGUUGGUUGUGGUCCAGUCAAGGAAGCACAGAUACAUUGUAGCCAUAUUGAGGAAGCUAGGCAUUCGGUGCUCCGUUACCUCUACAAUCAAUGACAUGUCUGAAACAAUGCUGCAAAAGACCUGUGGCACUAAUGACGUUUCUGCUAUACAGGAAAAAAUGGGUUUCAGAAGUGCCAAGGUUCCUGAACAGCGUGACAUACCUCAAAAAACGACCUUGCAAAAAGUCGAAAAGUCCUGUAGCACUUAUGACGACAUCGAUGAUGAGGAGGAGGACACCAAUGAAGAUGACUUUGAGGACAGACAGUUGACAGCCCCACAAGAAGAGUCGGCAAGGUCAUCAAAGGUGGAGCCAAAGAGGAAGCCAUAUGAUACUGAUGAUCCUGACGAAACCGACUCUGAGAACGAGAUGAACAGCAAAGAGAGCAGUUUUCUUGGUAGCAGUAGUGAUACUGAUGAUCCUGACGAAACUGACUCUGAGAAAAAGACGAGCAGCAAGAAGAGAAGUUUUCUUGGUUGUAGUACUGUGAGGUCCAUGAUGCGAAAGCUGGGCCUUGGGCACAGCAAGUCCUUCAGUGUCAGACCUGAAACAGCAAAUGGGCAUGUGAAGGAAAAGGCAUGCGGCACCAGUGACGAUUCGAGUGAGGAACAUCCUCAGGCCUCAGAAGAAGGGUCAAAGUCAUCGUUGGUUGUGGUCCAGUCAAGGAAGCACAGAUACAUUGUAGCCAUAUUGAGGAAGCUAGGCAUUCGGAGCUCCGUUACCUCUACAAUCAAUGACAUGUCUGAAACAAUGCUGCAAAAGACCUGUGGCACUAAUGACGUUUCUGCUAUACAGGAAAAAAUGGGUUUCAGAAGUGCCAAGGUUCCUGAACAGAGUGACAUACCUCAAAAAACGACCUUGCAAAAAGUCGAAAAGUCCUGUAGCACUUAUGACGACAUCGAUGAUGAGGAGGAGGACACCAAUGAAGAUGACUUUGAGGACAGACAGUUGACAGCCCCACAAGAAGAGUCGGCAAGGUCAUCAAAGGUGGAGCCAAAGAGGAAGCCAUAUGAUAUGGAUGAGGGCAAAGAUGCCAAUGUCUUGUGUAAAGAGAGCAGCCUUCAAAGCGAUGAUCUUGGUAGUGAUACUGAUGAUCCUGACGAAACCGACUCUGAGAACGAGAUGAACAGCAAAGAGAGCAGUUUUCUUGGUAGCAGUAGUGAUACUGAUGAUCCUGACGAAACUGACUCUGAGAAAGAGAUGAGCAGCAAGAAGAGAAGUUUUCUUGGUUGUAGUACUGUGAGGUCCAUGAUGCGAAAGCUGGGCCUUGGGCACAGCAAGUCCUUCAGUGUCAGACCUGAAACAGCAAAUGGGCAUGUGAAGGAAAAGGCAUGCGGCACCAGUGACGAUUCGAGUGAGGAACAUCCUCAGGCCUCAGAAGAAGGGUCAAAGUCAUCGUUGGUUGUGGUCCAGUCAAGGAAGCACAGAUACAUUGUAGCCAUAUUGAGGAAGCUAGGCAUUCGGAGCUCCGUUACCUCUACAAUCAAUGACAUGUCUGAAACAAUGCUGCAAAAGACCUGUGGCACUAAUGACGUUUCUGCUAUACAGGAAAAAAUGGGUUUCAGAAGUGCCAAGGUUCCUGAACAGAGUGACAUACCUCAAAAAACGACCUUGCAAAAAGUCGAAAAGUCCUGUAGCACUUAUGACGACAUCGAUGAUGAGGAGGAGGACACCAAUGAAGAUGACUUUGAUCCAGCUGAGCUGGAAUCAGCCUCUGUUGGACCUCCACGGGCUGCAUGGGAGGAAUGAGCCAUUAAAAGACAUGCACGAAGGAAGGUCUGGAGGCCCUCUGCCCUAGGCUCUGAGGAGGAAGAGAAAACAUGGUCCUGCCCAGCUCCACAACGAACUGAUGGGGCAAAGACACAAACACACACAGACACACACACAGACACACACACACACACACACACACACACACACACACACACACACACACACACACACACACACGGACCAGGCAGAGUACCCCAGGCACUGAGGAGUCAGUAUGGUCCAGUGCAUCAGCAGACAGCCGGGCAAAAGUAUACACACACAUAGGCCCGGGGCAGAGUACCCUGGGCACUGAGGAGUCUAUAUGGUGCUGUUCAGCACAUGGACAGACAGCCGGGCAACGAUACACAUGCAUGCAGGCCCGGGGCAGAGUGCCCUAAGCACUGAGGAGUCUGUAUGGUGCUGCCCAGCACAUGGACAGACAGCUGGGCGAAGAUAUACAUACACACAGGCCUGCAGCAGAGUACCCUGGGCACUGAGGAGUCAGUGUGGUCUUGGCCUGUGCUGAGAAAUAAACCUGUAUAUUGUGGGAAUAUAUGUGGCUAAGAUUGGUUUAAUAAACAAGCUGACUGACCAAUAGCUGUACAGGAAAGUUAGGCAGCAAAGCCAAACUGAGAAUGAUGGGAUGAAGAUGGGUGGAGUCAGAGAGACCCACUGCUAGAUGCAGAGAAAGCAGGACAUAUAAAAAAUAAGGUAACAAGCCACUAGACAAAGCAUAGAUAAGAAAUAUUGGUUCAUUUAAGAGUAAGCAUUAGCUAUUAUCAAGCCUGAGCUAUUGGCCAAGUAUUUGUAAUUCAUAUUAAGUUUCUGUGUUGAACAUAAUGGGAAAAUGUACAGAGACAGCCAGCCAAACUAGUGGAGACUCAUGAACUGUGGACCAAUAGCUGAGGAGCCCCCAUGGGACUGGACUAGACCCUGUGGAUAGGCAAGACAGUUGUUCAGCUUGAACUGUUUGGGGGCUCCCAGGCAGUGAGAUCAGAACCGUCCCUGGUGCAUGAGCCAGGUUUUUGGAGCCCAGUGCCUAUGGUGGGACACCUUGUACAGCCUUGGUGCAGGGGUUGAGGGCAAGGGGGAGGGCUUGGACCUGCCACAACUGAAUGUACCAAGCUCUGCUGAC